AGUGCUUCCCGGUAAACAAUGUGCGUGUAAAUUGAUGAUGGAACAAAAACGUCUCGAACGCGGGAACGCAUUAGUGAACGAAAAAAUUCCCCUUCGCCGAUCGAUCGAUCGUGUUUUGGGCGAUGAUCCUAAAGUUGGUGUGCGAUCAUAUGUGCGCAAAGUUUGCUAGUGAUCAGCCCGCUUAUUGUUUCUAUAUCUGUGCAAAGAAAAUACAUCCAUCCAAAUAUUACCCUUUCUUUAUAUACUCUUGCGCUUGUGUGUGUGUAUGUAUGUAUGUACGAUUUUUUGUUAAUAUUGUUGUUGCUGAUCUGCUUCGUUUUGGAUCGUUCGUUUGAUCAUGCUGCGGUUUUCAACCGGCGGUGGCAACACUUUUCCUUCCGGUUCACGAAAUUUCCGGGGUGAAUAAUCUGGCGCUUCCGAUGCCGUCUAUUGAUCGCCAUUGUUUGUGUGUAUGUGUGUAUGUGUGUCUGUGCGCAUUUGUUUGUUGUGUGACAGAGUGGUAUAGGAGUGUAUUUUCUCCCAUAAAGAUCGCGCCUAUCGAUGUGAUUGACAGUGAAUUUGUACCAGCGUUGGUUGUCUUUUUGUUUUACGAUUACACAAAGAAAACUCGGCAGAAGAAAAACAAAAAAAAAACACUGCAAAAAUCAACUGAACUGGGCACGUAGCACCACGUGAAGCAGUCUGCUGCUCGAUCGACUAAAUUGCAUGCUGACACAACAAGAGUUGGCAUUUGUCUGCCCGGAAGCCGGCCUGUGUGGCAGCUAACGGAGUGUGCUUUAUGAACCUUGUACGUCGGAUCAAUUGUGCAUCGAGUAAUAUCGGUAGAUCUGAUCAGGAUAUGAUAAGAUAGUGAAAUUGUCCGUGUUUUUUUACGCUUGUCCUCCCACUAAUGCAAUCGGAAAAAAUGGAGUAAAUAACCGAAAACGGAACCAGAGAAAUGUGUUAACUCCGGCUGCUGAAAUGUUUGAAUACGGAUGAUGAAUGUGAAGCGUGUGUUUGAAUUAAUUAUUAUUAGUUUCCUCUCAUGAUUUUCUUCUCCUUUUUUAUAGUGCGAUUUUUUUUGUUCGGGCGUAUAUGAAUAUAUUGUUUAAUUUGUACCAUAAUCAUUGUGUUUCUGUUGUGUAGUGAAGUGUAGCGUGUGCUUAACGAUAACGAUCCCCUAGAGGGUAGUAGAAGCGAGCUCAUCUACAGUGCGUGUGAGAGUAUGGUGAUCGUUUAGUGUGCUUGAAUCAUUACGAACCUCGGCGAGGUUGUGACAAAUAGUGAUAUAAAUAAGCAAGCUCGGUGCAGGCGUGUGUGAUUGGGAAGUGAGCCGCAACUGCUUCGUGUGGUUCCGUCAACCUUAGGAAUAAUUACUCCUGCUGGUACAGGAGAAACAGACGACUUUCUUUUGGGCGACAAGAUAGAGUACUAACGGGAAAACUAUGAAAAAGAUCCGGCGAUGGCUGCUACUGUUUGCGGUCAUAAUAGCGCUGAUGGUCCGAGUGGACGGUUUAAAGGCAACGUCGUUGAUCUUCGGACGCGGUCCGGCAACCUCGUCGACGACCACAACCACCAGCACAACGACCGCCGCCACAUCAACGACAGAAGAAUCGGCCGAAGCAGAAGAUGAGGCUAUUGAUCAAGGCGAUGAUGCAGCCACCAAGGCUCCGCUCACCGGCAUACCGCAGGUCGAUUAUGUCUGGGAUCCAAAUUUGCCACGAGAACUGCGAGGAUACAAUUUGUCCAAUUAUCCCUUCCUGGAUUCUGUACCGGCGGAAGAGGACAUUGGAUUCACGUGCGAUCCAAAGCUCCACGAUGGAUUUUAUGCAUCGAUCAAGUACAACUGUCAGCUGUACCAUCAUUGUAUUCACGGCAUACGGUACGAUUUCCUGUGCGCCAACUAUACGGCCUUCGACCAGAAGACCUUCAUCUGCCAUUUUGCGUCGGAAGUAGACUGCAAGAACUCGCCCAAAUACUGGUUCCGAAACGAGCCAUUGUAUAAGGCGACUACAACGACUACGGUAAAGCCACCGCCGACAACUUCGACAACAGCCGCACCGACGACGGUACCUUCGCGACCAAAACCACUCCGCAAACCGGUCCGUAGAAGGCGUCCGCAGGUGGACUACUACUACUACGACGAGGACUACGAGGAGGAUUACUACGAGGAGCGCAAUCGGCGACGCAAGAAUCGUCCACGUAACCGACGUCCACUGUACGAUGACUACGAGGAGGAUGAGCGGUUCGAACGGGUGCGCUACCGAGAACGGGAACGGGACCGAGACGAGGAAGAAGAUGAUUACGAGGAUCGUCGGCCGUACCGCAUGAAGCCACGCACCCGAACUGGAGCCGAACGACGGCCGAUGUUGGACGAUGAUCGACGGUACUACGAUGAUCGGCGUCGUGAUCGACGCCCGGUAGCAGAUGAUCGUAGACGUCCGGUACCGUUGGAUGAGAUGGAAGAAAAACGUCCUGCAAUGAACGAACGAAGGCGCCUACCAAGACCUACUAACGAUCGUCGUCCGGCGGUUGAUGAUCGUCGCUCAUUUCCGGCAGAUGCCGAAAGUCGCCGUGGAUCGGUAGUGGAUGAGCGAAAGGUACCAGCAAAGCGUCCAUUGUACGAUGAGCGACGUUAUCAGGAUGAGGACGAGGAUGAUUAUGACGCACCAGCUCCAUCGUCGUAUGGCGGUAGUCGUCGUGCAUCGGACAAAGGCCGACAGCAGAACGAUGUCGUGACGGUAAAACCAUCCGGCUCAAGCAUUUACGAUCGUCCACGGGCAGCACCACGCAUUAACCGUCCCGUUCCGCUGAACGAGAAGAGCAAGUACGCGUACGGCAACGCGGAUGCGCCGAAUGGAAAGGGUACAAAGCCUUCCACUACGGCAGCUCCGGCGGGUGGUGCGGAACCCGAGUACUACGAUGAGUACGAGGAAGUGCCUGCCCGGCGGGAUGAUAAGCGUAAGGAAGCGGAUGGAGGGAAGCCACCACGCCCAAGUGCGUCUUCCGAUGUGGUGUAUUACGAUGAUGUAAUUAUUGCGAAGGAAGACCUACCGCUCCGAUCGGUACCAGGGAAUGUGCGCAAACCGGAGCAAACUGAGCGUAUCAACAGCAGGGAUAAUUCGGAACUAGCAAAAGUUUCACGUGGAAGUAUGAAGCACCAACAGCAGCAGCAACAGCAGCAACCGAUUGUUUCCAAACCGAACCGAAACGUAUUACCGGAGACUGUCGAUCAGGAUGAGGAAGAUACCGAGUACGAUCUGCCAGUAUCGCGUCCAUCCGUCAUUGCCCGACCACAGGCGAAUCUGUACGGUAACUUCAAGUCGAAGAAACACCAGCAACAGCGGGAACAACCAUCGACCGAAAGCGCAAGUACGACGCGUGGUCCGAUGCGUUCUACUAAGCGACCGUUUCUACCGAGUCGUGGCGGUAACCCUUACCUAGCGCGUGGCCUACAACCGGUGGGAGUCGCAAAGCAGCCGUCCGUCGUUAAGUCACCGGAGCCGGAAAAACCGGCACCGUUUCGUAUCGAUAUCGAUGGUUCGACCACGCCGCAAGCCGUAACGGGCAAGCGCAAUCAGCAACAAGCUCCACCAUCGCCUGUUCCACAGCAGCAGGAAGUUGUGAAUGUGAAGACACUCGAUCAGCUGUACGACGAUGAGUACGAUGUGACGCUGAACGAUGCGCUCAAUCCAACGCUAAAGCCGCUGACGCGCAGUGCACCGCAGAACUUCUUCCGCAACCGUUACGUGCACCAGCCGGACACGGAGUUUGUACCGUUCGAGCCGGCUUACUCACCGUCGGAAUUCCGCCGUGCAGCUGUCAGACCGCCGACGCCAUUGCUGUACCAUUCGCCGGUUGCCAUUGAUGCCGGUACGUCCGCUUCCUCCCAGCGUCGGGGUGCACACGUGUUCGGUACGUACGAGUACUGAGCGCGUGCCGUGAACAAUAAAUCCUUCCCUCCUUCCCAUUUACCACAAAUACACUCCUUCCCUUCCCAUUAUCCCGCUGGAAAAGAUCUAAUUUAUUUUGAAACCCAUCGAAUCCUUCUCACCGCUCCCCCUUUUUACCUAACCGCGUCUCCUUUCCAAACGGACGUCAUUGGGACGUCUCGAUAGAGUGCAGCGUUUGUAGGGAGCUCUUGCGAUCCCACCUACUGCUAGAGUGGCAAAAAUGGCACCAAUCGCUACAGCACGUUGUCACUGGAAAUUUUUGUAAAUACUAAUGGAUGGAAAUACUCAAAACAUGUAAAGGUGAUAAGGUGUAGUGCAGCAGAAUGAAAAAAAAACAAAAAGACGAAACAUUUAUCAAGCACAAACAGAAAGGAUGAAAAGUAACAUAUUAUGAAACGAAAAACUUCCACUGGUGAACGCGCGAAAAAGUGUGAAGUGUGCAAUACUGCUGAAACAAUACACAAACACGGCAUUGUAUAUUGAAAGAAAGCGAAUGAAAAAGAGAAAGAAAUAACAAUCGAGAGAAUAAGUAGUUGCUAAGCAAAUGAUGAACGUAACGUAUAAGAUCGAUUGGUCAUACAAAUGAAAAGUGAAAGUAUAACAUAUCUCGAAGGUAGAAAGAAAAUCGAAAUUUAACAAACGAAACAAUAAAUAACGAGCUAAAGGCGAAACGGAUAUGAUGCUAGUGGUACUACUUGAUGUAAUCAUUCUUUUUUCUUUCGAUUCAUAUAAAUAUGUGUAUGUAUAGAAAAAGUGACACCGAACUUUAUAGGGACUUUGUUGACAAAAGAGGAAAGGAUCGUUAGUGAUCGUGUAUGAUGAAGAAAAUAAAAUUUUCUUUUAUAGCAAAAUGUA